CUGUCCGGAAGGAUUCGAGCAGCUAUAUGUUAACGGCGCUGCGGGACGUUUAACCUCUCGGGACAGUUGGCUGUAUUAAGAAGAUCGGGACUGUUUGGUGGUAUGCUCUAGAACAUUAACUCAAUGGCCACGUGCAAGCCUUUGUCAUCCGGGCAGGAAUGUGCCCUGUCCAAGAGCAGCAGCAGUAGCAGAGGAGAAGCUGAUGAUUUGGAACUUGCUGAACUGGGUCCUCUCCUGAAAGCCGGAAGAGACAAAAUAGGACAGACCUCUUCUUGUGGAGAUGAGAAUCAAGCAGGAAAAGUGUCUCAGGAAGAGGAGGAAGAGGAAGAAGUGAGGGUUUUAACUUUACCUCUUCAAGCCCAUCAUGCCAUGGAAAAGAUGGAAGAAUUUGUAUACAAGGUGUGGGAAGGUCGCUGGAGGGUCAUCCCAUAUGAUGUGCUCCCCGAUUGGCUGAAAGAUAAUGACUACCUUUUACAUGGACACCGUCCUCCAAUGCCAUCUUUCAGAGCAUGUUUCAGGAGCAUAUUCCGUAUACACACUGAGACUGGAAACAUAUGGACUCAUUUGCUAGGCUUUGUGCUUUUUCUUCUCCUGGGUGUUCUAACUAUGCUCCGACCCAACAUGUAUUUCAUGGCUCCUUUGCAAGAGAAGGUUGUAUUUGGAAUGUUCUUUUUAGGUGCCAUAUUGUGCCUCAGCUUCUCCUGGCUUUUUCACACAGUGUAUUGUCACUCUGAGAAAGUCUCUCGCACCUUCUCAAAGUUGGAUUAUUCAGGGAUUGCUUUGUUAAUCAUGGGAAGCUUUGUGCCAUGGCUCUAUUACGCCUUCUACUGCUCUCCACAGCCACGUCUCAUCUAUUUGUCUAUAGUCUGUGUGCUGGGCAUCACUGCCAUAGUUGUAGCACAGUGGGACCGUUUUGCAACACCUAAGCACAGGCCAACAAGAGCAGGUGUGUUUCUAGGGCUUGGCCUCAGUGGCAUUGUGCCAACCCUUCAUUUUACAAUUGCAGAAGGCUUUGUGAAGGCGACAACAGUGGGCCAGAUGGGCUGGUUCUUUCUAAUGGCUGUCAUGUAUAUAACAGGAGCUGGACUUUAUGCAGCAAGAAUCCCUGAACGUUUCUUUCCUGGCAAAUUUGACAUCUGGUUCCAGUCCCACCAAAUAUUCCAUGUCCUGGUUGUGGCAGCAGCAUUCAUACAUUUAUAUGGCAUUUCCAACCUUCAAGAAUUUCGAUAUGCAUUAGAGGGUGGCUGCACAGAUGAUUCACUUCUGUAAACAGCAGUAACAGAUUGAGACUUACUACUACUUCUGGUGACCUACAGUGGUUGUGCAAAAUGUAAAUAAGACUGAUCCACUAGCCCCCUUUUUUUUAAGAUCAAUAUACAGUAUGCCCCUAAAGGUCAUUGUCUCUGCUAAUUUAUUGUUUACAGUAGGAAGGUGCCUAAUGUAAAUAAGAAAAGAGGAGGAAAAGAGCUGGGAUUUUUGUACAUAAUUGAAAUACCUCCUGGGACAAAAUAGAUGCCAUAAGCACUUGUAUAUCUUGGUCUCUGAGCAAAAAUUACAAAAUGUAAAUUUCAGAAAUAUAAGAUGAGCAACAUUUGAAUGGAAUAUAACCUUCAGAGAGCUGCUAUACAUGCACAUUGCCCUUUAUAAAACUCAGUGGCUGAACACAAGUCCCCAACAUGAUCAGAUCUUCACAUUCAUCAUAAUAGAACAUUUUGAUAUGUUACCGCUGCUGUUCUGGGAUACAUUUUCUCUCUUCCUAGGUUAGAGUGUGUCAGACCUAGUAAUAUUCAUGGGGCAUUAAGGGUAAAGUGGGGUGGAUGUAUAUAAGGUAUAAAACUACCAUAAAAUGUGAUGCCUUAGUUGUUCGUUAAAAUGAAUUAAUGGCUUGUUAUGGUAUACAGUAAUCUGCCUAAACCAAGAUGUUUAGUAACAUAAAUUACUUUUAACUAGGGCUGAUGAUUUCUAUUCACUAUUAGUAUUUUUUCUGGAUUUGGCUACUUCUCCAUUCUUUCUAAUGUGAGACACACCACAUAUUACAGAGUAUUUCUUAUAUAAUCCGCUAUAAAUUGGGAUUACAGCUUUCUUGGAAAUGUUCUCUGAAAGUUAUAGUUAGAUUGUAUAUUAAUGAUGAGUAUCUACUGUAAGUACAGGUAUGGGACCUAUUAUCCAGAAUGCUCGGGACCUGGGGCUUUCCGGAUAACUGAUCUUUCCGUAAUUUGGAUCUUCACACUACUAGAAAAUCAUGUAAAUUUUAAAUAAACCCAAUAGGCUCAUUAUACUUCCAAUAAGGAUUAAAUAUAUCUUAGUUUGUGUCAAGUACAAGCUACUGUUUUAUUAUUAUAAAUAAAAAGAAAAUGAUUUUAAAAAAAAA